AUGAUCGUCUUGCUCUUUCUCUACCUCACCCUCCGCGCCUUCGCGCAGAUCCCACCCGGCGAUCAUACAAUCGGUACAGCUAACCCUACCUUCUCUGUCCUCGACUGCUCCGCCCGCGAUGUCCUGACCAGCCAACUCGCGUCUUGCCUCGUGUCUCAAGAUGCAGCCAAGCCCAACUAUCCAGAGGACUGCCAGACUCUGGUGUGGAUUCAAGGUCUUCUGACUACUUGCACUUCUGGUCCGGCCGCCACUGCCACCGCUGCUGCAGACCGUGAGGAAGUCGAGGAGGACUUCAUGGGAGAGGCGGAAUCCGAGACCACGCUUUCUACUUCCUCCGCCGCUCCGAAACUGCCGCUGAGAUCCUACCUCCUGUCUAUCUCGAGCCAACUACAACUACUCAGGACGAGCCAACCACCACUGCCGAUAGCUUCGAUCCUCACCUCGCGACUGGUGUCACUCCGUUUCCUGGCUAUCCUCUACCAACUUGUGCUGGUAUACAUCGACACUUGCGAGAUUCACUUCUGGUGGCGCGGCCUACCGUGGGCUGCAGACUUCGGCAUCUGUGGCAUGUGCAAGUGGCUCGAAGGACACCAAUUUGCAGGCUUGCCAUACAACAUCUUUCCCGACAUGCUAAAGAAGGAAAUCUGCGCCAAGUGGCAACCUCCAAACGACUACGAUGGCUGUUUCUCGGGCUGGAGAAAGAAUGGCGACCCGUUCCAACCUCCCCCGACUCCAGCUACGGUGCCGGUCUUCAAGAACUUUCAGUGA